UGAUAAAUAAAAAUUUAUAGCCAUUGGCUCUUAAGUUUUUAAUGUUAUUUAUGAUUUUGUAAUAUUUCUAAGCGACACAAGUCAUGUAUAUCCCUGAGGUAACGGUUAGAAGAAUUGAUGUCUUGAUGCGUAUUUUAAGUCAUCGUAAAGUGAUUUUAACUGCGAAUCCCGUCAGAGCGUAUUCCAGUGACGAUAAAGUGAUUAUAGGAGAUGUGACCAAAGAGAUUUCGCGUCCGAAAAAGGUCGAAUACGUACCCAGGAAGUAUCUAACAAUAGAAAAUACGGAAAUUAAAUCAUUAUCACAAAGUACCUUGAGAAAUUUAAGAUGGAUGAUGCAAAAAGAUUCUCUUGGACAAGAUAUGUUUCUUUUAGGAAGACCUGGACCGAGCAGGAGAAAAGUAGCAUUACAAUAUUUAGAGUUGACUCAAAGAGAAUUAGAAUAUGUGGCGCUAUCAAGGGAUACCACAGAGGCAGAUCUCAAACAGAGAAGGGAGAUACAUAGUUCCACUGCCCAAUAUUUUGAUCAGAGCGCAGUUAGAGCAGCGGUCGAAGGACGUGUACUCGUGUUGGAAGGCAUUGAGAAGGCCGAAAGGAAUGUCCUGCCAGUAUUGAAUAAUCUUUUGGAAAACAGAGAGAUGCAUUUAGAAGACGGCAGAUUUCUGGUACCUCCGACGAGAUACGAUAAACUUUUACAGGAGCACGGUCCUGAAGAAGUUGCUAGAUGGCGUUUAGUACGCGUCGAUGAGAACUUCAGAGUGAUAGCCCUAGGACUCCCGGUGCCGCGGUACAGCGGGCAGCCCUUAGAUCCUCCCUUACGUUCUAGAUUCCAAGCCAGGGAUGUUGCCACUAUUGGAUAUGGGGAGCAUUUAGCAGUGUUGAAAGAAGAUGCCCCUAAUGCUGACCAGACGAAACUGGAGCAGCUCAUGUCAGCCGCGUACGCUCUCGUCAGUCCUGAGUUGCUGCAGAUCAGCUUACCAGAUUUUCCUGUGGAUAGUCUUCAUGUGGCGGCACUCAUACUGGAAAGAAAUCCGAAAAUUCCUAUACAUAAGCUACUAUACUUCCUUUACCCGUACAAUACAUUCCUGACGAGAGAUCACGUGAAAAGCGUCGAAGGGGUUCUUCAGAACUUGCAGAUGGACACGAAGCCGAUCUGCAAGACGACACUGCAGGGUGUCGAGUUCAAAGGAUCUGAAGCUUUAGUGAAUAUGGAAAUGGACGGAGCUAAGGCGGAGUUUUGUGUGCCCCGGGGAGGACGGCAAACGGGACGGGAAAGGAAGGGGGUUGUCAAAACUGCAUAUCAAAGUCGGCUGCUGAUCGAGCUGCUGAUGACUCACAGCGUCGCUGACUUUUGCGUCAUAGGUCCUAAAGGUUGCGGGAAAAGUCUUCUGGUAUCCCAGUUAGCGUCAUUACUGGGCUACACGAUAGAACCGAUAGUUUUGUACCAGGACAUGACGGCCAGGGAUCUGAUUCAGCAGCGGACGACCCUGGACAGCGGCGACACGGUGUGGAGGAACUCGGCUUUAGUCGAAGCCGCCCUGAAAGGACAUCUAGCGGUGCUCGACGGGUUGCACAGGAUGCACGCCAGUACCUUGGCCGUGCUGCAUAGACUGGUCCACGACCGCGAGCUGCAACUGCACGACGGGACCAGGCUGCUGCGUCACGACAGGUACGACGAGCUGGUCGCCGCGGGGCACACGGAGGAGCAGCUCGAUAAAAACGGAGUCAAGAGGAUCCACCCAUCGUUUAGGAUUGUUGCGUUAGCGGAACCACCGACAGUCGGUCGCGGUCAACACUGGCUGUCUCCGGAAAUACUCAGCUUGUUCGUGUUCCACGAGAUGAGGAACCUCAGUAAGGACGAGGAGAUAUUCAUCAUCAAUACACUGUAUGGCAACAUUUCACCACCGCUGCAGACGAUAAUCGAAUUAGCGGAUGAACUUCGCAAUUCCGACGAUAACACUUUAAAGAGUUUAUCUUCUUCGCUGUCCACUCGACAGCUGCUGAGGAUAGCCAGUAGGAUGUCUAAAUAUCCCACGGAUUCGGCCUACGAGACGGUCCAGCGAACGUUCUUAGCCAAAUUCCUGCCUAACUUAGCCAGGCGUGCUUUGGACAGCGUCAGCCAAAAGCUAGGCAUCGAGCCGCCGAGAAAACUGGGCAUUUUUGGUAGCAAUCCUAACGAGACAACCGUGGCGUGUACAGUCAAGAACAACGUUCUUACCAUCGGCAAAACCAGCACUGAUAUAUUCAAAACGGACGCUUUGACCAAAGUACCCGAUAUUUUGUUCUACGACGUACCUCAACAUAUGCGCUUGUUGGAGUGGCUGCUACAGGACUUCCUGCUCGGCAACCAUUUACUGCUGGUCGGCAAUCAGGGAGUAGGAAAGAACAAGAUCGCCGAUAGACUCCUGCAGCUAAUGAAUCGGCCGCGCGAGUACAUCCAGCUACACAGAGACACGACCGUGCAGUCCUUGACCGUACAACCGACCGUGAGAGAUGGUGUCGUUAUAUAUGAAGAUUCUCCAUUAGUGAAAGCAGUUAAAUUUGGUCACGUAUUAGUGGUGGACGAAGCUGACAAGGCUCCUACUCAUGUGACGUGUAUUCUGAAGACCUUGGUUGAGAACGGAGAGAUGGUCCUGAGUGACGGUCGAAGAAUCGUCCCUAAGGAUAUGAUGGAGAGCUCAGGUGGCGAAGUGUCCAGCUUCAUCCCCGUUCCCGAUGACUUCAGGAUGAUCGUGUUGGCCAAUCGACCUGGUUUUCCGUUUCUGGGCAACGAUUUCUUCGCUUCUCUAGGUGAUCUGUUCUCGUGUCACGCCGUCGACAAUCCCUCGAUCGAUUCGGAGAUGGAGCUUCUCCGCUCGUACGGACCAGACGUGCCUCGGGAUGUCAUGAAGAAGCUGGUGCAGGCCUUCGCUGUGCUGAGGGAGAAGGCUGAUCAGGGACAGUUGACGUAUCCUUAUUCGACGAGGGAGCUGGUCAAUAUUGUCAAGCAUUCGCAGAGAUACCCAGACGAAGAUCUGGCCACAGCGAUCGGCAACGUGUUCGAUUUCGACAGGUACAGCAAGGACGUGUCGGACACGUUGUUGGAAGUGCUCCACUCUAGCGGGCUGCCGACAGAUGGCGUGCUCGAAGGCCGCUCGAAGGACCUCAAGAAGCUUCAGAUGACCAUAGAGAGGACCAGCGGCAAAGACGUGUCGUCGCCGAAGCACGGCAAGGAAGACCCGGACAACAAGCCGCACGUGGGCGGGAACACGUGGGCGGGCGGCACCGGGGGGCGCGACACCGCGGGGCUCGGGGGGAAGGGGGGACCCUACCGCCUGGACAAGGGACACGACGUGCACCAGUUGUCAGACGCCGAGAAGGCCGACGUGCCGGAGCACGUGCGGCGCGCCGCCCGCGAGAUGAACAGGAAGGCGUUCGAAGAGAGGCUGAAGGAGAUCAAGAUGAGCGAGUACGACGCCAAGCUGUACGAGCAGUUCCACAGGGCCGUGCAACCCCAGAUUGGCGCGCUGCGUGGGGUCCUAGCAGAGCUACAAGCCAAGGCUAAAGAGAGGCAAUGGAGCCGACACCAGACCAGCGGUGAACUCGACGACGGGAAAAUAAUUGAAGGUUUGACCGGAGAGAAGACGAUAUAUCGACGCCGCACGGAGCAGCCGCCGCCAGAGGGCGCUCCGCCGGACAAACCGAAACGGCUCAGGCUAGUUCUAGACGUUUCCGGCAGUAUGUACAGGUUUAAUUCGUACGACGGUCGUCUGGAACGUUCCAUGGAAGCCGUGGUGCUCCUCACCGAGGCGCUGCGGGGCUACGAGUCCAGGAUCAAGUACGACAUGUACGCGCACUCCGGGGAGGAGCACGCCCUCGAGCUGGUCAGGGCGGACCGGCCGCCGGAAAACGAAAAGCAGAGAUUAGAGAUAAUAAGAACAAUGCACGCGCACGCGCAGUUCUGUUGGUCCGGGGACAACACCCUGCCGGCGGCCCAGCACGCCAUCUCCACGCUCGCCGAGGAAGACGCGGACGAGGCCAUCGUUCUGAUACUCUCCGACGCGAACCUGAGGAGGUACGGGAUUCCUCCGGAGCGUUUGGGUGCCAUUCUGACCGCGGAGCCCAAAGUUCAAGCGCACGUCAUAUUCAUCGGCAGCUUGGGAGAUGAAGCCAAUUCACUGCUGAGGAGGCUGCCGGUGGGUCACGCGCACGUUUGCAUGGACGUAGCGUCGUUGCCGCACAUCAUGCAGCAGAUAUUUGCGUCCUCGCUGCUGCAGACCUCAUGAUUGCACCGGAGCCAUACCGGGUGCUGGUCACCUGUGGUAUAAUGGAUGGAGAUAUUACCAACCAAUUAUUUACUUAUAACCAACAAACAAAUAAAUAAUAAAUAAUUGGAAACAUCCAGAAUUUUCCCACCUCGUUACAUACAUGAUGCUUUAAUCGAAAACUGCGGGUAGGGUGCUCGAAGCAGAAAAACUUGUCCAAGCAACCAACCAAGU